UCAUCACCAUACAUUCUCAUGCUUCCUCCGCAUGAACCGCAGGUGACUGGUUGAUACAACCGCCCAUCGCCAAAGCGGAUGCAUCCACAAGAUUCAGGAUCCAUGCUGGAGCUGUCCGCAAAAAUGACUGUCGGUGAUGGUAGAUGUCUUAGUACGAAGAUGGAAAUGGACCCAUAGAGUGGUAUUGGCAGCAGGAUGUGCAGUCUACUGGACAGCCAUCAUCAGCACAGGCUCAGCAUUACGGGGGACAGACCCCCUUUUUAUGGGCAUGAGUCCUCUUGUUGGGAAGUUCGAGCUGUUGGUGCCCCGUCCAGAAUACCACCCUCUCGCCAACCGCGAUUCCCAUAUCCCCUUCACCGGUUCUCGAUAUACCGCAAGCCAGAUAUGGAACUCGCAUCGGAGGAGCAACAGGUCUGCUGAUCUUGUUCGACGCUAAAUGGUAAUAGCAGCACCGAGGUCCGGAGCCUCGGAGGAGUUGGAAACGGCAUCCCGGUUACCGAGUCUGGCCGGUGAGACACAGUCAGGAACUUGGACGGCUGUUCUAAGU